AUGAGUGAGAGGCGAAGAUCGGCGGUGGCCCUCAGCUCCCGAGCGCACGCUUUCUCGGUAGAAGCCUUGAUCGGGACAAAUAAAAAGAGGAAACUGCGAGACUGGGAGGACAAGGGGCUGGAUUUGUCCAUGGAAAGCCUCAGCCCCAAUGGCCAGCUGGGGGACAAUGAAGACCCGACUCAGUGCCUGGACCUCAACCCUGACUCAGAACAGAGCACUGGGUCAGACACAGAGGUGCUGGCAGAAAGGACAUCCUGCUCAUUUGGCUCCCACUCUGACCUUACAUCUGGUGGCUCAGGCCCUCAGCCUCCUCCACCUUCAUCCAUGGAAGAGAUCCAGGUAGAGUUGCAGUGUGCAGACCUCUGGAAAAGAUUUCAUGACAUUGGGACAGAGAUGAUCAUCACAAAAGCAGGCAGGAGAAUGUUUCCAGCCAUGAGGGUGAAAAUUACAGGCUUGGAUCCCCACCAGCAGUAUUAUAUUGCCAUGGACAUUGUCCCUGUGGAUAACAAGAGAUACAGGUAUGUGUACCACAGCUCCAAGUGGAUGGUGGCUGGCAAUGCUGACUCCCCAGUGCCCCCCAGGGUUUACAUCCACCCUGACUCCCUGGCUUCUGGAGACACCUGGAUGAGGCAGGUGGUCAGUUUUGACAAGCUCAAGCUGACCAACAACGAGCUUGAUGAUCAAGGCCAUAUAAUCUUACACUCAAUGCAUAAGUAUCAGCCUCGUGUUCAUGUCAUCCGCAAGGAUUUCAGCAGUGAUCUUUCUCCUACAAAGCCUGUUCCUUCAGGAGAUGGGGUGAAAACCUUCAACUUCCCUGAGACUGUUUUCACCACAGUGACAGCUUACCAAAAUCAACAGAUCACCAGAUUAAAAAUUGACAGAAACCCCUUUGCCAAAGGUUUCAGAGAUUCUGGGAGAAACAGGACAGGGCUGGAGGCCAUCAUGGAGACCUACGCCUUUUGGAGGCCCCCCGUGCGCACUCUCACCUUUGAAGAUUUCACUACCAUGCAGAAGCAGCAAGGAGGCAGCACAGGAACAUCCCCGACCACCUCCAGCACGGGGACCCCAUCACCAUCCGCUUCUUCUCACCUUCUCUCUCCAUCCUGCUCUCCUCCAGCCUUCCAUCUGGCCCCCAACACUUUCAAUGUUGGCUGCCGGGAGAGUCAGCUUUGCAACCUCAACCUGUCUGAUUAUCCUCCUUGCGCCAGGAGCAACAUGGCAGCGCUGCAGAGCUACCCAGGGCUGAGCGACGGGGGCUACAACCGGCUGCAGAGCAGCAGCGCUUCUGCCUCGCAGCCCUCCGAAACCUUCAUGCCUCAGAGGACUCCCUCCUUGAUCUCAGGAAUGCCGGCUCCUUCCUCCCUGCCCAGCAACAGCAAGAUGGAGGCGUACAGUGGCCAGCUGGGAUCUUUCCCCAGCUCCCAGUUUCAGUAUGUCAUGCAAGCAGGCAACCCUGCCUCCACCUCCUCCUCUUCACACAUGUUUGGUGGCGGCCACAUGCAGCAGAGCUCCUACAAUGCCUUCUCCCUGCACAAUCCCUACAACCUCUAUGGAUACAAUUUCCCUGCUUCCCCCAGGCUGGCGGCAAGCCCAGAGAAACUCACCACCUCCCAAAGCACUUUACUCUGCUCUUCCCCCUCCAGUGGGGCCUUUGGAGAGAGGCAAUACCUUUCCACAGGGAUGGAUCAUGGGAUGCACAUGAUCAGCCCUCCCUCCAGCAACCAGCAGACAGCGGCCGCCUGUGACAACAGGCAGUACGGAGCGGUCCAGGGCUCCUCCUCACAGAUGUCUGUGCCCAUGGUCUAA